ACCGUUUCUGUAACCCAGUGAGCCGUUUAAAGAAGACUCAAGCCACUUUUCAAGUCACCCUCUCAUGAAGGAGCUAGGGAGACCUAUGCAGCCGCUUGAACAGGCCUUACUAAUGCUUCCCUGUACCUUCAGGAGAACUCUGCCUUUGAUCCAGUCUUCUUGGCAAGCGGCGUAGCUCACGCAGCAGCAGCAUGGCAGAGCGUGUAACCCUUACGCAGGAGCAAACCAGAGGGACUUUAUGGAGAUUUGGAUACUCUGCCAGACUACUGAAAACUAAUCAUUUUAGGACAGCUGCAUCAAAUACAUCAUUUCCAGCGGUUUGGAUGCUAUUGGCGCAAUAUUCUGGCAGAAUACCUGGACCCUUUGUAGUAAUUCAAAGAAAUAGUUUCUUUACAAUGCCUGAAACCGUAGAGGAUAAAGGUAACCUAGAACUGUAUUCGCCACCUCCUAAAGUGCGUGGAAUGACAGAACUCAAUAGAGAAGCUUUCAAGAGGACAGUUGUUGUUCCAGUUCUUAAAGUUAAGAAAGAAAUAAUAAGUACUUUGUUGAAGUCCUUAAAACAUACGGUGCUACAGCGGCCUGGUCUAAAACGAGUGGUUGAAGAUCCAGAAGAUGAGAACAACAGACUCCUUAUAUUGGAUCCCCAUAAAAUAGCAGAAUUCUCACUGGGAGAAUCAGAACAAGAGGUAUUAAAACAGCUUAAUAUUCCUCCUGAGGUGUGCAAGUAUGACUUGGAGCUGACUUAUGACAAUUUCAAGUCAGAGGAGAUCCUACGAGCAGUCCUUCCUGAAGGUCAAGAUGUCACCUCUGGAUUUAGCCGUGUUGGCCACAUAGCACAUUUGAAUCUUAGAGAUCAUCAGCUACCUUACAGACAUCUGAUUGGCCAGGUUAUAAUUGACAAGAAUCCAGGAGUCACCUGUGUAGUGAAUAAAACCAGUAUUAUUGACAACACUUACAGAAAUUUUCAAAUGGAAGUGCUAGCUGGAGAGAGCAACCUGGUAACCAAGGUCAAAGAAAAUAAUAUUGCAUAUGAAUUGGACUUCUCAAAAGUCUACUGGAAUCCCCGUCUUUCCACAGAGCAUGGCCGUAUUGUUGAGCUUUUAAAGCCUGGUGAUGUUCUUUUCGAUGUCUUUGCUGGGAUUGGACCUUUUGCUAUUCCAGCAGCAAAGAAAAAGUGCCGUGUAUUUGCAAAUGAUCUCAAUCCUGAAUCCUACAACUGGCUUCUGCACAACUGUAAACUAAACAAAGUAUACAACAAGAUAAAAGCAUUCAACAUGGAUGGCAGGGACUUUCUUCUGGGGCCAGUUAGAGAAGAACUAAGUAAAGAGUUCCCACUUCAAACGAAAGAACAGAAAACCUCUUUUCAUAUAGUCAUGAAUUUGCCAGCUUUGGCUCUUGAAUUUCUAGAUGUUUUCAGACAUCUCUUAGUUGGAGAGCCACGCAGCACCGCUGUGCUCCCCACGGUGCACUGCUACGCUUUCUCCAAACAUGAUGACCCAGCCAAAGAUAUUCAAGAACGAGCUGAGGCUUCACUGGGAACCUCCUUAGAUGGACGCUGUUCUACUUACCUGGUUAGAAAUGUUGCACCGAACAAGGAGAUGAUGUGCAUUAGUUUCCAGAUUCCAGCUGAUGUCCUAUACAAGAGGCCCUGCCCUGCUGAAGAGAAACCAGCCUCUAAACGUCUGCGUACCAGCAAAGAUUUUUCUGAAGAGAAGUUAUUGAGUUGAAGACUAGAAUUAUGGUAACUAUCUUAUUAGUUUGCAUAAGGUAUACUUAGGAUACCUCUAGUCCACCCCUUAAAUUAUUUGAACCAUGCUUGUGUUACUGACUUUAGAUGUAGAGAUGCGUAAUGCACUUUACAUCUUUCCUUGGUCAGCAUUUGUUUCCUGCAUUUUCUUUUUCUUAGUUGUGGGAUCAAUAAUCAGACUGAAAUUGUUCUUCUUACAAAGAAUAAAACUUUGCCCUUUUUUAAUAAAUAUUUUCUGGUACUUUUCUGUUAUUUCAUACCCCAUGAUAAUUCAGUAACACAGAUGGGGAUAGUUUUUUUGCUGCAGUUCUAUUUUGAUAAUUUGCAGUUUGUAGCAGGACAUACCUUAAUGCUAACGCAAGUAAGGUAUGAAUGGUGAAGACAUUGCUUUUUAUGUUUUGUAGGACUUAGGAAAUAACCUUUGUUACAGUGUAGCAUGGGAUUCUCUUCGACCAGCAGGUUUAGUGUUUGAGAAUACUGGAUUAUUGUAAGCAGAUGCACAAACAGCUCUUCUGUAAGCAAGAUAAUCUUUCAAAAACUUGCUCCAAGUUACAAAAAGGUCUAAGUAACCACACAUUCUUGUGCCUGGGCUUUUGGAGUAAUAAAUACUGUUUUUAACACUAAGUGAUUUAGUUAGUUUACUGACUAAUGCCCACCACUGCAUGUGCUCCUGUGCUGCCCUGUGGGUUGCCCAUAAACGCUUGCAAAGCUGCUUUUGUUCUUCAUAAGCGUGGUUGUGAUAAGGCCUUUGACCAUUCAGGAAUGAUGCAGUCACCCUGUCCUUUGAGCUAACGCUCCUGUGUGUUUUAUGUGACAGAGCCUGCACAUCCCUUUGACUUCUAACAGUCCAUUGUGUAUUGGUUUGUGGUCCAAGCUUAGGGCUUCCUGGCCCUGUUACUUUUCAGAAACCAUGGUUUCAUCACCAUUUUUUUGCUGUUAGGCAAGUCAGCUGUGUAACUGUGAUUUUCAGCAGUACAUGACUAAAGGAGCCCAGAGCAGGGAAGAGGGAUUUUUAGCACUUAAAAGUUCUGCUCACUUUAUUUAAAGUAGCAGUUGCAUUUAAUCCUUAACAGCUUAACUUUGGUUUGCUUACAAGUCAAUGGAUUAUGUUUAACUACACUCAAAACUAUGUUUUCCCAUACUGUGUGUAGUUACUGCUUUUACAUAUGGACAUUCCACUUCAAAUAGCAAAAGGUUUAAUGUGCACGCACAAGUUGCAUGAGUAUAUUUAAAUGACAUGUAGUAAUGCAUAAGCAAUUUUGCAUUCAUUAGGGUAAUAAGUUAAAGCUUUAUAAACUGAACAGAAACCAAGUCAUAGGAGAGGUGUACCUUUAGCAGGCAGGGUGAGGAACAGUAUAGCUUCCCUUUACUAUUCCUCAAUGUCAUGUAAAGCAAACAUUGACAGAGAUGCCCAAACACCCAGUUUCUAACCCUAAGGCAGCAUAGGAGACCCGCUAACAUCAGGGAGGACUAAGUUUUUGCUUGUUUCAUGUCCCUGCCCCCCCCAGAUCCCUGCCCUCCCAACGUUUCACUCUUCUUAGACUUCAGAACAAAGCUGAAAAUUUUGUUUCCCCUCUCUCCCAUAACAGUAGCUUUGUCUUCCCUCCCCUUAGCAGUGGUUCUGCCACCUUUCAUGCUCCCUGCAAUAUGCCGUUCUGCCCCAGCCAGAGCUGUAGCUUAAAACCGCCUGCCUGCCAAGACUCCCUUGUUGCUGCUGCUCCCUCCUGGGGUCCAGAGCUGAAUCAGAGAGGGACUGCAGCUAUCGUAGGUGUCCUUGGAACAGGAGGCAUGCUGCCAGGCAUUUAUGAUACAGGAAAUGAUGAACUCUCACCGCUUCUGGCAUCGAGAGGAAAAAAUCUGAAAUAGGUCUGGCAAUGAUGGCAGCCAUCUACCAUGAAGUAAGGAAUGGCUAAAUGAAGGGCAUGGAAACUUUUAGGCCCCACAGGUGAGAGGAGAAGAGGAAGGGCCCUUAGAGGCAGCAGGCAAAAAGCAGCACUCGUGUCUCGCGGGCUACGCUACAAGAGGCUGCAAGUGCUGUGAGGGGUCUCUGACAGGUUCUGCAUGGUUGAGUCCUACAACACCCAGCCACAAGGCUCUCUGUCUAAGGUCAGGCCACCUCUACACCUCAGCCUUCUGUGUAAUGUUACCUGU